CGCCGUGAGCUGCUGUGGCGGCAGAAGAAGAGGCAGCGCGCUGAUUGGCUGUCCGCAGGGGCGUGCUGAGACAAGAUGGCGGCGGUGGCGAGAGGCUCCUUCAGCGUCUUCAGGCUGCUCAGUCAGCAGUACCGCCGGCGCUGCUUCCGGCUCCAGAACUUCAGGUCCCACAGAGCUCCGCAGGCGCUCGUCUUGAGAUGGGACGGAAACUUCCAGAUGAGCGGCGGCAGGACGCUGCACACCGCCAGUGUGUGCCAAGGGCCGGUUGUCCAGUUCAAACUGUCAGACAUUGGUGAGGGGAUCAUGGAGGUGACGGUGAAGGAGUGGUACGUGAAAGAGGGCGACAAGGUCUCUCAGUUCGACAGCAUCUGUGAAGUCCAGAGCGACAAGGCCUCGGUCACCAUCACGAGUCGCUACGACGGCGUCAUCAAGAAGCUCUACUACGACGUGGACGCCACGGCCCUGGUGGGCAAGCCGCUGGUGGACAUCGAGACGGAGUCCCGGUCAGAGGUGAUCCACGAGGAGGACGUGGUGGAGACGCCGGCCAUGGCCCGCGAGGAGCACACCCACCAGGAGAUCAAGGGCCACAAGACUCAGGCCACGCCCGCAGUCCGGCGCCUCGCCAUGGAGAACAAUAUCAAACUCAGCGAGGUGAUCGGGACGGGGAAGGACGGCCGGAUCCUGAAGGAGGACAUCCUGAACUUCCUGGCGAAGCAGACUGGGGCCAUCUUGCCUCCAGCCCCGGUCCAGGAGAUCCAGACUCCAGGCCCCACCGCCGCGGCCGCUGCUGCUGCCAGGCCCACGGGCGCUUCGCCGGCAGCCAUCAAACCUCCCCCUGCCAUCCCGAGGCCUGUCUUUACCGGGAAGGAUGUGACGGAGCCGCUCAAAGGUUUCCACAAGGCCAUGGUGAGGACCAUGACGGCUGCGCUGAAGAUCCCUCACUUCGGCUACUGUGACGAGGUGGACCUGAGCCGCCUGGUGGGCCUGAGGUCCGAGCUGAAGUCGGUCACCGGGCAGCGAGGCAUCAAGCUCAGCUACAUGCCCUUCUUCAUCAAGGCUGCCUCCCUCGGUCUUCUCCACUUCCCCAUUCUGAAUGCCUCGCUGGACGAAAACUGCCAGAACAUCACGUACAAGGCGUCUCACAACAUCGGCCUUGCCAUGGAUACCAGCCAGGGUCUGCUGGUUCCCAACGUGAAGAACGUCCAGCUGCUGAGCGUGUUCGAGGUCGCGCAGGAGUUGAACCGACUGCAGAUGCUGGGCGCCGCGGGUCAGUUGGGCGCCGCCGACCUCACCGGCGGAACCUUCACGCUCUCCAACAUUGGAUCAAUCGGUGGGACGUACGCCAAACCGGUCAUCCUUCCUCCUGAAGUCGCCAUCGGCGCUCUCGGAAAGAUCCAGGUUCUGCCGCGGUUCGACGCCGCCGGUCAGGUGGUUCGCGCGCACAUCAUGAACGUCAGCUGGUCAGCGGACCACCGCAUCAUCGACGGCGCCACCAUGUGCCGCUUCUCCAACCUGUGGAGAGAGUACCUGGAGAACCCAGCCACCAUGGUCCUGGACCUCAAGUAGUUUUUCCUCCAUCACCCCCCGGAGAGGACGAGGCGCCGCACGGACAGACCCUCGGCCCCCCCGCCCCCUCCCCCCAACGCCUUAACCCCUUUUUAUCUGAGGCCUUUGUUUCUGCUCCCUUGUUUCCUUGCCUUUUGAGGAGGGCGCUGGGGGGCGUGGUAACCAUGACGAUUAGCUGAGCCCUCGGUGUUUCGUGUGCUGUGCACCUGUAGGUCAUGUGACCAGACCAGUGACCACUUCAGAUGAGGAUUGAACCUUGACUUGCAGUAGGUUUUGCUUCUGCAGAUUCAGAGUGACGGCGAACCUCCGAGUCACCUGAUCCACAGACAGACCGGGUCCCCGUUCACCACCCGGACCCGGGUCCCCGUUCACGAGUCGAACUCGGGUCCCCGUUCACGACCUGGACCCGGGUCUGACCCGGCCCCUAAAGCCCCUGAGUACAUGGUUGUAGGCGGCCGGAUUCUCAGACCCACAGUAGUAUAAAUACAUCCCUGUAUACCACCCAGCUCCACUGGAAGUGGACCAUGUGACUGAUGUGACAGGCCUCUGCACCCAAUGCAUUAUGGGAUACGGGCGGACUGGUCAUAUUUACAUACUGAAAGUUUCCCGGAUUUAGUACCACAUCCAGGUGUUUUCCACAUACUGUCUCCUACAUUCUGUUAACCUCAGUACAGAGCAGUUUUCCUGAGAUCCUGGUGUGGUUGGUAUCAGUAGGGGGGGGGGUGCCCAUCACUCGGAGGGUCACCUGUCUUCUCGUCACUGUGACCUUUGUGUUUUUGUGUGGACCAGGUGAAACAGGUAAGUCACUCUGAGGCAGAAGCUUCUUUCAUGUUCCCCACGAUCUGGUGAGCUCUUAAACACAUCAGCAGCUUGAGCAGCAGAGCCGUUCUACCGGGGGGGAGGAGUUUAGGGUGUCAGGUGACCAGCAGCUGUCGGGGCUGGCCGCAUGUGGACCACGGACCGGACCUCGGACCGGACCACCAGCUCUGAAGUGCCUUAAAGCUGCCAGAAGGGCGGCCACUCCUGAACACAAUGAUCUUUCUGAGAUGCUGCAGACUGGGAGUCUGGGGCUCCCCUGCACACCAGUAACAAGUGACCCCUCUGCUGAGCACCGGGCCCACACGGGUCACCCUGACCCUGAUAGUUAAUGUUGACAGGCCACGAUAGCCCUGAUAGUUGACCCUGACGGGUCACCCUGGCCCUGAUAGUUGACCCUGACGGGUCACCCUGGCCCUGAUAGUUGACCCUGACGGGUCACCCUGGCCCUGAUAGUUGACCCUGACGGGUCACCCUGGCCCUAAUAUUUGACCCUGACGGGUCACCCUGGCCCUGAUAUUUGACCCUGACGGGUCACCCUGGCCCUGAUAGUUGACGGGUCACCCUGGGUCUUACGGGUCACCGACGGGUCACCGACGGGUCACCGACGGGUCACCCUGGCCCAGCCUGCUGGAGAGUUAAGGUCUCUUGUUUCUGGUCUGCAGUGGAAAUCCACUUCCACUUUCUUCUGGUGGUUCUGGUCCAAAAACAUAUUGGCGAGCGGGUGUGGUGGGCGGGGCUGGGCAGUGAUUGACAGCUGGUUUACACCAAUCCGGUAGAAGCUGCAGCCUUGGAUGUGUUUGGGUGUUCAUCAGUGAACUCACUACGUUGGAAUGUCCUGGACCCUUCCACCCCAGCUAACCCCCACCUGAGCAGGUGCAGCUAGAGUCCCCAAGAUGGUGGUGGAGCUCUACUCCCUGCACAGUGUCCCGGGGCUGCUGGGUAAAAGUCACAUGACUGUUACAGUACUGUACUCUUUGUAUCAAUGUCUGCAGUGACGGAUGAGCUGUAAAAACGGUUUUGUAAGAUUUACUGUCAAAGUUUGUGAAGCUCCACCAUCAUCCCAAUAAAGCUAACGUGCACAGACAA